AUGUCAGCCCAACCCCAGCCACAGAUUCAAACGCAAAGCACGGAGAGGAAACGAGGAAAAAUCUCAAGGACGCACGGUAGAACACGAGGUGGAGGAGCAGCAGCAACGCCGCUCCCCGCGGCGGCAUCUCGGUUCGGUGCUGGUGCUACGGACGAGGCUGCAGAGGCGUCGUGCCCACGGGGAGGCGGUGCAGGGGCGCGGCCACGGGGAGGCGGUGCAGAGGCGCGGUGUGGUGUGGUCGGGGUUGACGGCCGGCGAGGAGCUUCCGCGUCACAGAUCCAGGGCUCGCCUGCUGUCGGCGUCGCAGAUGAUGCGAGGCUUUGGCUGGCCGAGCUGGGCCGGCGCGGCAGCACGGUUGCGCGACGCCGGGGUGGAGCAGGCCGGCUCGGCUGGUCAAUGGCGUGGCUGCCAGCAGCGGAGAAGAGGGCGGAGAGGAGGAGCGGCUGGGGAGAUGGAGGAGCAGGGUGCGGCGGGCCUGGGAGUGGUACGGGAGACCAGGAAAUCGGAUGUUCAGAGGCAGAGAUCGGACACCACGGGAGGCUGACGCGGGUCAGAUCAAGGGCCAUAAAAUCGCGUGUUAACAGAAUGCAAAACAGCCGUGUACCGUAUAGGAUUUCUCUAAAAAAAAUGAACUGUUCUGAGCUUUGGACUCAACAAUGGUUUAGCGAGUUUUUUUUUUUUGAGUCAGUGAUGAUGCUCGUAUUUUCUGCUAAUUUAUUGGUGAUCUAUACGUACUCGAUCAUGUGA